AUGGCAACGGAGGAAGAGUGUUUUUGUUGCCAAGAACUGGCGGAACUGAAUCAAAAGUUCGAUGAAUCAGGUUUGUUUUUCUUUUAGGUUGCUUCUUUUCCUUCGAUGUAUAUACUAAGAAUACUGAGAAGGACAUCGCGGUCAAAAGGAUAUUAUUUGUUUUUGUCUGUCAGGAGUUGGAUGUAUUACGGAGCACGCCAAAUUCAGGAUUGUUUGCCUUGAUACUGACGUGUUAAAUACUGCUCUCGUGGCACUUCACAACAUACGCUGUAAUCCC